AAGCUGUAUAAAAUCACCAAAUAAUAAGCAGAAUGAAUAUGAAAACGUGUCAUGAUACUGAAAGGGGUUACGGGUUAUUGUAAAGGUGUUUGGGUAUGCUUUAAGAGUUUCUAAGGGAGUUUUAAUAGUGUUUAGGAUGUUUGGGUGUGUGGGAGUGUGUUUGAGAGGCUGUGUGGAUACUUGAGGGUGAUUUUGAGUGUGUAUGGGUAUGUUUCAAGGGUUCCUAAGGGUUUUUUAUUAGUUUCUAGAGUGUUUGCGUGUGUUUGUGUGUUUGAUAGGGUGUGUGAAGGGUGUUUUGGUAUGUUUUAAGGGUUUUGAAGUUAUAAUUAAGGGUUUCUAAUUUAUAUUUAGGAUGUUUGUGUUUGAGUUAGUGUCAGGGAGAAUGUGCGAGUGUUUAAGGGUCUUUUAAGGGUCACGUGCCGCUGGUGUGAGAGAUGCUGCGUAGAUGAUGAAGGCGUGGACAUGGGUGUGGGUGGUGGCGGGCGUGGCGGGCGUGGCGGCAGCAAAGGACCGCCUGCUGAACAUCGGGGGCAUCUUUCCCAUAGGAGGCUCCGACGGAUGGCAAGGCGGCAGGGCCUGCCAGCCCUCCGCCAUGCUCGCUAUGGAAGACGUAAACUCCAGGCCUGACCUCCUGCCGGGGUACAAACUCAACCUGGCUUGGAACGACUCAUUGUGCGAGCCGGGCCUGGGAGCAGCUGUGAUGUAUGAUUUGCUCUACAACCAGCCCACUAAACUGAUGUUGCUCGGGGGCUGCUCUACUGUGUGCACCACCAUCGGCGAGGCGGCCAAGAUGUGGAACCUGGUGGUGCUAUCGUAUGGGUCAAGCUCCCCAGCACUCUCAGACAGACAGCGCUUCCCCACCUUCUUCAGGACUCACCCCUCCGCCACCGUGCACAACCCAACGCGUAUCAAGAUCAUGCAGAAGUACAACUGGUCCCGGGUCGCCAUCCUCCAGCAGGCAGAGGAGGUGUUCAUAUCGACAGUGGAGGACCUCGAACUGCGAUGCAAAGAGGCCAACAUUGAGAUCGUGACGCGGCAGAGCUUCCUGACAGAUCCGACGGACGCAGUGAGGAAUCUGAAGCGGCAGGACGCGAGGAUCAUUGUGGGUCUCUUCUACGUGAACGCCGCCAGGAGGGUGCUGUGUGAGAUAUUCAAGAACAAGCUGUUUGGGAAGAGCUACGUCUGGUUCUUCAUUGGGUGGUAUGAGGACAACUGGUUUGAGAGUCACCUGCAGGAGGAGAACCUGAACUGCACAAAGGAGGAGAUGCGGGCGGCAGCGCAGUACCACCUCACCACUGAGGCGCUCAUGUGGAACAAGGACAACGAGAAGACAAUAUCAGGCAUGACUGCAGGUGACUUUAGACGCAGACUCAACCAGGCGCUGAUUGACCUGGGCUACGAGAACCAGAGCACUCCCGUUGGUUACCAGGAAGCGCCCUUAGCCUAUGACGCAGUGUGGAGUGUGGCGCUGGCCCUCAACAAGACGAUGGAGACUCUGGCAGUGGUGAACAGGUCCAUUGAGGAGUUCACCUACACCAACAAGGAGAUUGCAGACGAGUUGUACAAGGCCAUGAAUGCCACACAGUUCCUUGGAGUCUCAGGUCGAGUGGCAUUCAGCAACGAUGGCGACCGCAUUGCGUGGACCCAAGUGGAGCAGAUGAUUGAGGGGCGGUACCAGAAGCUGGGCUACUUCGACGUGCAGACAGACAACCUCACCUGGUUCAACAGGGAGAAAUGGAUAGGUGACAAAGUACCUCAGGACCGCACCAUAGUGAGGAGGCAGCUGCGUACCGUGUCCCUGGGUCUCUUCAUCAGUAUGUGCACCAUCAGCGGCGUGGGGGCCAUGUGGGCACUGCUGCUGCUCAUCUUCACCUUCAUCCACAGACACAGGAGGCUCAUCCAGCUCUCCCACCCAGCCUGCAACAACAUCACGCUGGUUGGGAUCAUGCUGUGUCUGGGUUCCAUCUUCCUACUGGGGCUGGAUGGGCAGUUUGUGGGCAAGCAGCAGUUCCCCAUGGUGUGUGGGCUGCGGGCCUGGUGCCUCUCCCUGGGCUUCACCCUCGCUUAUGGGGCAAUGUUCUCCAAAAUCUGGCGGGUCCACAGACUCACCACCAAGACCAAGAUUGACAGCAAAGUGAGCCACAAAAACAUCCUUCCCUCUCAGCGCGUGGAGCCGUGGAAGCUGUACGUGAUGGUGGGGGUGAUGGUGGUGGUGGACGUGGUGGUGUUGAGUGUGUGGCAGGGUGUGGAUCCUCUGCAGCGCACCCUGGAGGUCUUCCCACUGGAGGUGCCCAAGAACACCAAGGAGGACAUCAAGGUCAUGCCAGAGCUGGAGCACUGCGAGAGCCGCCACAACACCAUCUGGCUCGGUCUGCUCUACGGCUACAAGGGGCUGCUGCUCAUCUUUGGUCUGUUCCUGGCCUAUGAGACGAGGAGCAUUAAGCUGAAGCAGAUCAAUGACUCCAGGCUGGUCGGGAUGAGCAUCUACAACGUGGUGGUGCUCUGCCUCAUCACCGCGCCAGUCACCCUCGUCAUCUCAGCACAGCAGGACGCCUCUUUUGCCUUUGUCUCCUUCGCCAUCAUCUUCUGCUGCUUCCUUUCCAUGGCCCUCGUCUUCAUUCCAAAGAUCAUAGAGAUCCUGCAGCACCCUGGGGAGCGUGUGGAAUACCAGGGGGAUGGGGCGCCGAGUAAAGAGGAGGAGGAACGCUACCAGAAACUACUGAGGGAGAACGAGGAUAUGCAGAGAUUAAUUGCUGAGAAAGAAGAGAAAAUCCGUCUUCUAAAACUCAAACUGCAGGAACGGGCAGCCAUUAGAAGCAAGGAGAAACAGCAACAACAGCAACAACAACAGCAGCAGCAGCAACUCCAGCAACAACAACAGCAGCAGGCACAGCAGCAGCAACAGCAGCAGCAAGCAGAGAACCACAUAAGCAUGCCCUGCCAAAAUGAAGCAAUGUCGCAGCCCCCACGUUUACGACAAGGCUCGACUGACAACCACUCGGAGACAUCGCCACUGCUCAAAGCCAAUGUGGAGCUGUACUAUGGGAGCGGGCAGCCAGCCGUGAGGAUCGUGACCCCAGACGCAGCCUCUGCCCCUGAGGACGCCAUGGUGCCUCGACUCAGCUACGACAUCUCCGAGUCUUACCUGUGAGACAACCUGACCCCCCCUUGCCCCACCACCACUACUCACACCAGUGCCACCAACACCCACACCACUGGCCACACCACCCGGCAAGUCUCUGAUGCUACACCUGACACUUGCCACUCUUACAAACCUUACACCACCACUCACACCAUCGCCACCUCUUCACACAUUGACCGUAAAUCCAGGAGGCGAGUUUCUGAUGUCUCUGAUGCUCGCUCCCACUUGCCUCACCCCGCCGCCUCAUACCCACCCCUUACUGAUCACACACAGCCCCCUGCCAUCCCUCCUCGCUCCAUCGACCGCACCGCCACCAGGCAAAUCAUCAGCACCACUCACAAGCCCAUCGCCUCCACCACCAGAACCUUCCGUAGAACCAACACCAUCAGUACACCUUACCGUGCUUUCAUCACCUCCCACCACCUCCCACCUGCCUCCUCCACCCAGACCCAUGCCACUGCAGCCUCCAUCCCUUACUCCGUCUCCACCAUCCCUGCCGAUGCCACUCCACCCACCUCCUACUCCACCACCACAACUGCUUAUCACCCACCCGUCACCUCCACCUUCUCCAACCCAAGCUAUUUCUCCUACAGCACUAUGAAUGUUGACUCUUCACCCGAUGACAGGAACCCGCCUUACAACACCUCCAGGAACACCUCUAGGAUAUCCGCCUCACUCACCUCCCUCACCACUUACUCACGCAGACCGCACUACCACCACAAUCAGUAUUUCUGGUGAGCACCAAAGCACAUGGUUGAUUCACACCACCAGUGCUUCAUAUCACCAGGAUUGUAACAUAACUCUCAUCACUCAUUCAUACACACACUCACACAUACAAAGAAGAAACCUUUAAAAUGUUUACUUUCUAUACAGCAAGACCAACUGUAUGAACAUAUCAGAAUAAGGUACACAUCACACACUCAUACACUCCAUGUGCAUUAAAAAAUUUGGUGUAUUGGUUGUGUUGUACCAAUCUUCAACCUCCUUCUACACAUAUACACACACACACACAUACCAACAAACUUGCACCACAAAACACCAAAGCCCGUGCGUCAGUGUGGGUCUGUGCCGCCCUGCACACACUGCUGGGGUUUGGGUGGUGCUGGGGCAUUGCCGGGGGUCAGGAACAAUGGCUUCUAAACAAGCUGCAGCGCGAGAAAUUUAACUCGAUACAAAAAGAAAAAAAUAAUAUAUAUAUAUAUAUAUAUAUAUAUAUAUAUAUAUAUAUAUAUAUAUAUAUAUAUAUAUAUAUAUAUAUAUAUAUAUAUAUAUAUAUAUAUAGUUCCCUAUAACAGAUACAAAAAAUCAUCCAAAAAAAUGAAUAAAAAGUAAAUAAAGAGAGAUUAGAAUGUAGUGUUUUCAGUGUGUACUGUGAGAUAAUGUUAGCUUCCCAGAUUACUGUUCUAUCCUGUUACAUACUUUAAAUAAUUUACCUUUGCAUGGUUCAGAAUCUAAAGAGUUAGAAUAAAUAUGAAAGUAACAGAGUCUAGUUAUGUAAAAGAUUCACAUGUAUUUAUAUUUGUUCUUGGAUGGAAUAUUUAAAUUAUUAUGUUUCCCUUCAGAUAUAUCAAUAUAUAUUUGUCUUUCCUUGUUGCAAAACUGUAAACAUAAAAGAUGAAUUACAUGAACAUAAUUGUUGAUAAAAGUAUGAUUUCUUGCACCAAGUUACAAUGUGAACCUGUACAGUAGAUGUAGUGCUGAGGAGUGUAGGAGUAUGGCCAGCCGUGCAUCUGUCACUGUGUCUUUCUUGAGGCGGGUCACUCGUGUUAGCGUGACAGAGAGAGAGAGAGAGAGCAAGGGUUGUCUGGAGUCCUUGUCUUGUCAGAUCCUUAGUACAACCUGAUCCACUUCCUGGCUAUAGACAUGUACCAAACAGACAGAUGUUGCAUGAAUGCCAAAUGGAAGAUUACAUAUAUGGAAGCAAGACUAUUUUUCUUCAACCACUAGUGUGGUUUACUCAGAAGUCACAGAGCCUUGAAACCGGACCUUGUGCCUGCCCAGGGCCCAGUCAUUGUAGACAGUUAUGUGUGGACGUGAGGAGUGAAUGUUGGAUUGCCGUGUGAGUGGCAAUGCAGCGCAUGUCUGUGGGUGACCACUUUGCUGUGAACUGUACCUUCAGUUUUCCAGGAUCUGGAUUGCACCCUUGUUUGGUGGAGAGGGGAAAAGAUGGUGUCAUUUGCUCCAUGUUAUCAUGAGUUACAGCAAGUCUUUGAAUUAGAGAAUAUGGUUACGUAAGAAGUGUAUUUUUUUGUCUGUUGCAAGAACAUACUUUGGAAAGACAGAAUAGUUAUUUUUCCACAGUUAGGUUAUGUAUGUAUCCCAAGACAGUUUUUACCUCUCCUGUGUCAGUGUAUUCAAUGUUGCCUUCACCUUCUUACUGUUGAGCCACCAUCUCAUUGUUGAUCAAUACUCAGUGCCCCAGCGCAGCACUCUCUGGCUGCUCCUCAAAACAGGCUUUUUAUUCACUCAAACAAUAACAGUUCUAGAUGAAUUAUGCAAAUUUUUGAGAUGAUACAAAGUGUUCAUAUAGUUUGUAGAACACAGCUUGGGUUGUAUAUCUGGUGAGGGUAAUCUUGUAGUGAAUAUACCUGUACCUUAAUUUUGUAAAGGUGUAAAUGAGUCACCCGUAGAUGUACCUGUUCUCUCUCGUAGCAAUGUAUGCCAGGUGAACGCAAAAAUUAUAUUUUCCUCAAAAAAUACUCUAAAAUGAAAAUUCAUCUUUUUGAAUGUUAUGUGCAGGGAAUGUGAAAUGGAGAAUCCUGCCGUGUUACAAUGAAAGACAAUGAGAUCAACCUCAAAGUGGAGUAGAGAGUGUAGUGGUGUGGAGGACACUACCUUUCCCUGAGUGACUCACCUGUGUCUGUGUACCUGUGUGGGUGGGUGAGGGGAUGGCCAGGAGCCCCUCCCUCACCCCAUCCCUGCCUGGGGUGUUGUGCUGCAUGCCUCACACCUCACAGGUACUCACUACACACAGGCUGCCAUCUGAAAAGGCACCACUCCACACAUUAAAACGAGCAAUAUUCAUACCAUGUUGUUUUUGUGUCUAUUGAAGUUUUCCUAAAUAAAAAGAAAGGCGGCACAAUCUGGAUCUCCAUCACUACAAAAUUGUUAUGUGUUGCUGAUAUCUGAGCGGAUGCAAUCUGAGCAGUGUUAGCAGGGACAAUCAUGGAACACUUCACAGGAUGGCUGAGGGGGGCUGGAUCCUUGCUCUACCUGGCAAUUGUGACACUGUGAGGUGACCUUCAAACAUGCAUCAUUCAUGACAAAUCAAUAAAAGUGUUUUUGCUA